AUGGUUGAAAGGGCGUCAAAGGCCGACCCGGAUAGCGAGGUUAGUAUCAGAUCAUCUCCACUGUGCAGAAUGAGACCAUCAGAAAUGCAAAUCAAAAUGGGAAGUGUGUUUAUACAACUGGAUUUAGUGGAACACAGGAUAUCGGACCUGGAGGCAACAGUGAAAACAAUUGUUGGGUGCCUACGGAAAAAAGUGAGAUUUCUUUUGCCAGAAUGCGCUUUUGGAGAAGACCCCCCUUUGAGAUACGUUGUUUCAAGUACUCGCGACCCGGAAACGGUCAACGAAAGGUAUUUUCAUCGCUCCGAAAAUAGAGACGCCGACCUACACGCGGCCCGAACAAACGGAUUAGAGCACUUCACAUCGGUGCUUAUAGACUCAAGGGCGUACGUCAACGUUCGGGACCACCUGCUGCGCACGCCGCUGCACUGCGUCGCCGCCCAAGGCCUCGUGACGGACGCCCAGCGCCUCCUGUUGGCCGGGGCGAAGGUCGACGCCAAGGACGUGGACGGCUACACACCGCUAGACUUCGCUGCGGGGUACGGCUGCUGGGGCUUAGUGAAACUCCUUCAGCGGAAUGGAGCAAAACCGAACGAAAACACUCUACUUUUCGCUGCGAGGUGUGGACAGUGGGAUAUGCUGCAGUAUUUUCUGAGCAUGGUACCGUUUGUUGAUGCGCGCACUGAAAAAGGAGAUCCUUUGAUUGUGCUGGCUGCGCAAGCUUGUCAAUGGGAAUUGGUGCAUCUCCUGUUGGCGAAAGGGGCGUCGGCGACGAAGUGCAGCAACGAUGAAAAUUGCGCGUUGGUGUGGGCGGCGUUUGCGGGCCAGGCAGACGCCGUGCGAGACAUAUUGUGCCGCGGGGCGGCGUCCAACGCUCGGCAGGUUCAUCACGCCCUUUCCUGCUGCUUAAACGCCGACACGGUAAGGGCGUUUGCGUACGUGCUGCCCGACGAGGUGCGUGGUCGGUCUGGGAAAUGGGCUCUGUUGGUCGCCGGGUCCCGCGGCCGCCUGGAGACGCUGGUAGCGUUCCUGGAAGCGGGCGUUAAAGUAAACGCGGUCGUCGACUUCUCCGGCACCGCCCUUCACGCAGCAGCCCAUCACGGACACGUGGAUUGCGUGAAGGAGCUUCUGCGUCGAGGCGCUGACGGCAACGUCAAGGACGGUUUCGGAAACACACCCCUCCACGAGGCUGCCCUUAGGGGCCGGGUGGAGUGCGUGCGCGAGCUGUUGGAAGCCGGAGCCAGCACUGCGGUGACGAACGAACAGGGGAAGACUCCCUUCGAUGUCGCUGAAUCUUCUGAGGUGCGCGAGCUGUUAGUGCGAGCUGUGUGUCCACCUUAGACACGCGCACGAGAGGGUAGACGGCGCUUCUGGCGGGCGAAGGUUGUCAAUCUGUAGCCGCUGUGUUGAUUCCUUAAUGAAGCAGGUGGUGGAAGCAACACCGGCCGGACGGAUUUACGCCAGAUGCGCAAUGUCCUUCACGCAGCAGCUCGCAUACGCAGUGUGCGUAAGAGAGCUACAGCAGCGGGUCGCAGAGGUCAGUGACAAUGAAGUCUCGAAGAAAUGAUUCUUCGAGAAAAACGUCUCUUCAUGAAACUUCCCUAAGGGUAAAAGUGGAUUGCGUGUGCCCUCUAUUAGAUACCGGAGCCUGCACUUCGGUGAGGAACAAAAACAGGGGAAAAUUCCCUUUGACAUAACUUCUGCUUCUGAAAUGCGCAAUCUCGUAAGUUUAGACAAGUUUCCGGUCGGAACAAGAUAACGCUCUUCUAUGGGACAACCUUCUAAGCAUAGUCUCAUCUUUAGUGAUAGUGUAGUGAUAUAAGUUUGCAGUCGACAUCUCACUCAGUUUUGUGUAGAGAUGUACUUGAGUUGGGUGCCUGGCGUGAAAUCUCUUGCUGGCACGACAAGGUACCCGUGCUUACCGAGCGACAAGCCAGGCGAAACACGGCCUCUCUGCCAACGACGCGGCGUCACCUGACAGCCAAGAAGUCACCUGUGCUUACCCCCCUCAGAUUGCAAAGAAUGUUGUGAAGGACUGUGGCUUCGGGUUGGGUACCCUGCGACGCCGCCCACUUUUCAAAACUGAAGAAAAAACCUUCCGGAGAAGAAGAGUUUCAGACAAGUGUGAAGUGAAAGAAGCAGUUUUUGACCACUUUGCGAACACAAAUUCGAAGUAUAUUUUAAAAGCCUAGAAAUGUUGAAAUACAGAUGUGAAAAGUGGGUUGGAGUAAAUUAAGAUUAAGUUGAAAAGUUAGGUAAGUUUUUUUAAUUUUUUUUAAAAUUAGAAAUAGAAGUUAGUGAGGCCGGAAACUUAUGAGGCGCACCCCUACACAAGAGGAUAGAUGACGUUUCUGGUGUUUGCCGGUUGUCAAGCUGUAUCAGUAGCAUCUAAUGUACCAGUAGCAUCAAAUGUACCUGUACGAUCUAAUGACGCAGGUUUUGGGAACAGCCCCGGCAGGACAGAUUUAUAACCGACGUUUGCGCAGGGUGCAUGAUGGUGUAUGGGUCGAAUUAAUUGAGCAUUACCGACAAUAUUAUGCACAGUCUCUCUUCCUAUUGAUUAAUAUUACAUGUGAAACCAGUAAAAUCUCACCUACCUAGGAAUGAGUCAUCCAUUAUGAUUGUCGUCACAAUUAGGAAAAGAAGCGCCUAUAUCAACUUAACGUUACACAAACAUACCGUUGAAGUACUAGCUGCAUCCAGAGAAGAACUAUAAGCCGCAUGCCACUUACGCUGUAUAAACUAAGUAAUGUCAUUCCGAUUAUUCGAAAGAAAACUUCAUAUUGUAUAUUGAUAUCGAAAAAGUGCAUUAUUCCUGGACCCAUAUAUUUUUAUAAUAUAUUAAAUAGUCCUAAUUCACGUUUUGUCCUUGAUAACAAAAAUGUGUUUUUUUUUCGGCAUAACGUCCGUGUACGUAUGAACAAAAAUAGCGUCCAAACAGCACAGUCGGCAAGUUUGAUAUCUGAAGUCAUGACCCCUUCAAUUUGAAACGGAUAUUGUAAUAUUGGGAAUCCUUUGCAUUUGGCCUUAAUGACAUUUUGGAAAUUUGCUCAAAAUUGGACUCAAUUUUCAUGUUUUGCUUUUUUAAUUUAUUUUUUAUUCUUUAUUUUUUAAUUUUUUUAUUUAUUUAUUAAUUUUUUGCUCGAAGAGAAAUGGGUAGACUCUGCCCACUGGUCCGAUUUACAGUACAACCUUCAAUAUUCGAAAAUGCAAAAAUUUGUUUCAGCUAGAAUUUUUUCCACUAAAAAACUGUUUCUCUGGAAUCAGUUCAAACGCAACGAAGAAAAUAAUAGAAGACGAAAUGAAAGAAUCCACUGUAUCUAGAUUCUCUUAACUCUCAAGUUAGGAGGUGAAUGGCAGAUGGAAUAAUUUCAUUAUUCGUUGCGAAAAAGUUCGUAUUGAUUGAGAUCUGACGAAUUCUGAAUUGCUAUUGGUCUGUAAUGCAUGAGUAGAAUAGUCAUUAAAAGCUAUUAACUUUCAAAAGUUGAAAAUUCUUGCGCGUCUUUUACUGAAGAAAAUUCUUCAAGAGAAGGCUGAAGUGUCACUAGCUGACAAUUUGCAAUAUUAUAGCAGUACUACCUAUCCAGUGAAACAAGAGAAAAUGUGCUGUUAUAAGGCAAUUAGUUUUAGUUAUUCACAUCUUAAGAUUUUUCUCAUUUUUGUGAACUUAUUCUUAAAAAGUAUUUUCAUUGUAUUAUGAGGGUCAUCUUUGGCCGUUCCACCGUUAUCAUCUUAAAUCUUUAAGUUUUGGCCCCCGUAUUCAACCUAGAUGGUCCCUCAAUCGUAUCAAAUCUGCGGAAAAUAAGCCAUGUGUGUGUAUGUGUGUGUGUGUGUGGGAAGGAUCUGAAAGACCAGGAGACGAAUAGAUUACAAAAAAUUUAAAUAUUGUACGUUUCUAAUUUUUUUCUUUGGUGUGGUCUUAUUCAUUAUCUUUAUCAAUUACAUUAAUCACUUGCCAUUGUAGAAUUAAAUGUUGACGGUUUAGCUCCUUUAUAAAUAUUUUAUGUUUUGUGUAUUUUCUAUUAAAAUAAAAUUUUGAAAUAUAUUCACUUGUACAUUGUUCAUAGAAGUGACUAAUAAAGCAUUUGAAUAUUAUUACCA